AUGGUCAAUUGGCGAUCCUCUACUCUGCUCCUGCUCUCCUUGCGCGCACUUGGUGCCUUUGCCGCAGCUGAGGCUGAAAAGGUCCAAGAGCAAGUCACGGAGCCGCAGACACCCAAUGUCAAUGUCGCCGUCUCUGUCUCAUUCCCACAAUCUGAGAUUUUCGGCGUGAAGCUCGUCAACGGCCAUGCCACCGAGGCACGUCUUUCCGUCACCAACAAUGAGCCCACGCCCAUUGGUGUUUCCGUUGUUGGCGGCUCGCUCGUCUCUGAAGUCGCCGGCAAAUCUCAAAUCGUCCGCAACCUUACUUCGAAGCGCUACUCGAUCGAGAUUCCCGCUGGCGCCGAGGAGACUGUUCCUUACAGCUUCACUCUCGACAUGCACCCCCAAAACCUACGCUUGGAACUCAUUACCGUGUUGAAGGGCGCCAACAAUACCGUAUUCACCGUUCCCGCUUACAACGAGACUGUUAGCAUUGUCGAGGCCCCCAACAGCUUCUUUGAUCCUCAAAUCCUCUUCCUUUACCUUGUCGUCCUUGGUGCCUUUGGCGGAACCGUCUACUUCAUCUACAACACCUGGAUCAGCACCUUCUUCCCCCAGAAGAAGGGCCACGGCAAGGGUGGUGAGCGCGCCAGGAUGUCUUCGGGUCAGACCAAGAAGGUUGACCCUGCCGACCAGGUUGCCGUUGUCGGUGCUGAUGGUCCCGCUGUCACGUCUGGUGCCAAGGCCUAUGACGAGAGCUGGAUUCCCGUCUCGCACCUCCAGCGGCCCGAAGCGAAACGCGUCCGCAGCGGCACUCCCAAGGCCAAGCCCAAGGCCUAG